AUGUCGGAAGAGUUUAAGGAAAUUCGAGUUGUUCUCGCCAUUGACUUUGGAACGACCUACUCGGGAUUCGCAUAUGCACACAUUGCGAGUCCUGAACUGAUUAUAGUUAAAGAUAAUUGGGAUGGAGUCGAAGGUCACCGUCUUAAAUUACCGACAGUUAUAAAAUAUAAAGAUGAUUCCUAUGAUUCUAUCGAAUCGUGGGGCUAUAAUGCAUUAUCUCGUAGACCAUCAAAAAAAGAAAAAGCAAGGUCUAAGUCAUCAAGACCUGUUGAAUGGUUUAAAUUUCAUUUGUCAAAAUCUUUGAAAGAAAUACCUUUUUUACCUGAUAAUUUGAAUUAUAAAAAAGUCAUCACGGAUUAUAUGAAAAAAUUAUGCGAAUCAAUUAAAGAAACUUUAUCUCUUACUUGUCCAAAAGUGGACUUACACAGUAAUGUGACGAUUGUCCUUACGGUUCCGGCGGAAUUUAUUGAUAAUGUAAUUACAAUAACGAUAAUGCGCGAAUGCGCCUUUAACGCUGGUUUGCUGAAUGUGAAAUCUAGUAAUAAUCUCCGAUUUACAACGGAACCCGAAGCCGCAGCUAUCUAUUGUUUGAAUUCGAUAGUAAAUAAACAAAAUAACUUAAAGCCGGGAGGUUAG